AAGCCUGAUGCACCUUCAUCACCAAUUUUAUUGUGACUUUUUAAAUAUUGAAGAAAAAAUAUAUCAUUAAAUAGUUAAUUAGAAGGAAAAAAUGAAGAAAAAAUAUGAAAUAAUAAGAUUAAUUAAUUAACAAUAAAAGCAAAAGUUGAAAAUAAAAUGAUGAACUAAAUUAACAAAGAAAGAAAGAACAAAAAAAAGCAAGCACAAUAAAAAGAAAAAGAAAAAAGAGCUUUAUUGAUUUUAAUUAGUUUUUUUAAUUAAAAAUAUCACAAUCCAAAACAAAUAAACUGUUUUUACGAAAGGUCAAGUGUCAAUUUUGAGAGAUUAAUGCACUUUGCUAAAGCAGAACCUAAGCUUGAUACACCUUCAUCACCAAUUUAAUUUUCACUAUUUAAAUAUUGA